ACACAGCUAAUAAUCUUUUUUUCAGAGCGAGAACGAUGUGGGGUUUUUUUUAUUCAGGAUUUGUGUUUUUUCCUAACAGACUAACUCCGGUUACAGAAGGUGGCGGCAGUGCGCCUUGCUGUCCAGUGCCAACCGGCAGAAACUCCAAGAAGAAAACUCGGUGUGUUGAUCUAGCUGGCUCAGUAGAGUUGUGACUUUUGUCUUAUGAUUCUAUAUCGUAUUAUAUCACGAUAACUCCAGUUUCGUUUUAAGUAGGUGUCGUUCCUAAACUAUACGAGUGGCCACGUAGUUGUGGCUGCGCGCCUGGCAUGUAAUGGGCCAGUUCCACACAUCUGCGCACAGUGUUAAACACGCCACCCAGGACGGAGUCCAACUGGAGGACGGCGCAGAUCCCCUGUUCACCUUCGGAGUCAUCGCCGACAUCCAGUACGCCGAUUUAGACGACGGCUUCAAUUUCCACGGCACGAGAAAGCGUUACUACAGAAGCAGCCUCCGGCUCCUGUGCAACGCGAACAGGCGCUGGGCCGCCGAGCGGGUAAGACCCAGCUUCGUCCUGCAGCUCGGAGACGUGAUCGACGGCUCCAACCGGAGGCACGGCGCGUCGCAGCGAGCCCUGCGCGCGGUCAUGGACGAGUUCGGCAACUACGCGCCCGCGGUCCACCACGUGUGGGGCAACCACGAGUUUUACAACUUCAGCAGGAGCGAGCUUCUUUCGUCUGCGCUCAACAGCGGCGCGGGCGGCGACCGGGCAGGGGACGGGGUGCAUGCGUACCACUUCAGCCCCGCGCCCGGGUUCAGGUUUGUCGUGCUGGACGCCUACGACCUGAGCGUUAUCGGGAGAGAGCGGCGCAGCGACAAAUACGAGCUGGCCUUUAAGCUCAUCAAGGCGCACAACCCUAACCGCAACCUCAACGAGCCGCCAGGCUACAGACACUGGAUAGGAAGGUUUGUGCAAUUCAACGGGGGGUUCAGCCAAGAACAGCUCGACUGGCUUCAUGGAGUGCUACUUGGCGCUGAUGAGAAGAAAGAAAAGGUCGUUGUAGUGAGCCAUAUUCCUGUUCACCCCCUGUCUACUGACGGCAUAUGCCUUGCAUGGAACUAUGACAAAGUUCUCUCCAUUCUGAACUCCCAUAAAAGUGUGGUGUGCUUCAUGGCUGGACAUGAUCACGAUGGGGGCUACUAUUUAGACACUUCUGGCAUUCAUCACCUCACACUGGAGGGGGUUAUUGAGACCCCACCAGACAGCGAUGCUUUUGGGACUGUGUAUGUGUAUGAAGACAAGAUGGUCCUGAAGGGCAACGGGAGGAUAUCUGACAGACUGCUUAUGUAUUAGUGAGGCAUAAGUUGAACAUAACAUGUUGCCAAAGUUUUAACUGCAAUAAAACAGAAGGGAUAUAUUCUGAAGACCAUUGAAAUGUAUAAUAAGGAUAGAUAGAUAGAUAGAUAGAUAGAUAUAAUUUACAUGGUGUCAGAAAUGAGAUUCAACCUACUAAUUUAUAGUUGUUUAUAUUACUUCUAAGUCAUUAAUAUUUUUCAACAAAAUAUUGUGAUCUUCAUUGCAAAUGAGGGAAUGUAUUUACAAAAUUUGAUGUGGGGAAAAUAUACACACAAUUAUUUAUACAUAAAUAUUUUUAUAUGGGAAGAUGUGUAAUAGUCCUAUGUCUGAGUGAAAUGAAAAAUGAUUAAAAUUUAUUCAGAUCAUUCAGUAAUCACUUUAAUUGAAUUAUAGUUUCCUGCA